GCUCCGACUCCUCUGUCCCCCUCCUCCUCCGCCCCGCAGUCCUGAUUGUCUCUCCCUCCUUCCUUCAGAGGAUGUCCUCCUUCCAGCUCAACCUCAACCCGCUCAAGGAGCCGCUUGGCUUCAUCAAGGUCCUCGAGUGGUUUGCUGCUAUCUUUGCUUUUGCCACCUGUGGAGGUUAUAAGGGCAAAACAGACAUUCUAGUGAAAUGUUCUCCUACAGAUCCUGAGAAUAAAACAGUUACAGCGACUUUCACUUAUCCAUUCAGGUUGAAUCAAGCAUCAUUUAAGGCACCUCCAAGUGUAAAUGUGUGUGAUAUAGAUUGGAAACAGUAUGUCCUUCUUGGAGAUUACUCUUCUUCUGCACAGUUCUAUGUUAUGUUCGCAGUGUUUGUUUUCCUAUACUGCAUUGCUGCUCUUCUGCUCUAUGUUGGUUGCAUAAACCUGUAUCGGGAUAAUCGAAAACUUCCCAUGAUUGACUUCAUUGUUACUCUUAUUGCCACUUUCUUGUGGCUAGUGAGCACUUCAGCCUGGGCUAAAGCUCUUACAGAUAUUAAAAUAGCUACUGGUCACAAUAUUGUCCAGGAACUUGGACCCUGUAAAAAUGUGACAUGUUACUUUGGCUCUGUGACUAGUAUGGGAUCCCUAAAUGUAUCUGUGAUCUUCGGCUUUCUGAAUAUGAUACUUUGGGGAGGAAAUGCCUGGUUUGUGUACAAGGAGACCAGCUUACAUGGUCCAUCAAAUACUUCUGCUUCCCAUAACCAAGGAGGUAUUUCACCUCCUUCCGGAAUGUAAU